AAAAUAAAAUUCAAAACCUUAAUAGCAUUCUCAUUACUUCCCCUGAACUUUCGGAUCUGCGAAAGAGACUCAAAAAUCUUGAAACAAAGGAUGUUUCAAGAUCUAUUAACUCAUUUUCGGACGGUGCAAGCAAAGCACGAGAAGACCAGAAAACAAGUCAACCUACUCGAAAUCGUCGUAUUCGUGGCGAUCGUACAUCGCUUCCAGCAAGCAAUAGCAAUUUGUCGCAAUCAACGACAUCAAUAUCCAAUAAGAACAAUAGCGGAUCCACUGAUCAACGUGGGAGUGCAAGCUCCAAUAGCGUAAAUGUUAAUACUGGAACUUCUGGGUCACUGCAGGCAGACCAACCCAAGAGACGGCUGAGCGCGGCCAGUUCAACUAGUGCGACAAGUGAUCAUGGAUCUGGAAGUGCCUAUUCACGCUCUCAGAGUCCACCUGUAAAUGUCAAGCGUG